AUGAUACAGAGAUUAAGACAUUCCCGAACACAGCCAGAAUAUCACCGAACAAUUUCCGACCGAGGGACGACGCAGCUCACCCCGGCCCAGGCUAUCUCCGAAGUCAAGGAAUAUUCGUCUUUCCGUCCAACGCUAUUCCCGCACGAAGGAACCACAUCCGAAGACAAAUUGACAUACCCACCAGAGAACCACCUCGAGGAACUGCUUGAACAGAUUCGCCCCAAGAAAACUACUCGAGGAGAACCGCCCAGAGAACCAGCCAAAGAAAGCACACAAAGGCCCAAGGGGGACCCACCUAAAGAGAACCACCAAAGGGAAAACACACCCGAAGAGAACCGCCCCAGGAGGAACCCACCUAAAGGGAACCAUCAAAAAAGAGAACGCCCAAAGGAACCACCAAAAGAGAACCGCCCAAAGGGAGCCCGCCCAAGAGAACCACCCAAAGGGAAACUCACCCGAAGAGAACCGCCCCGGGUAGUCGGGGAGCCCCGGCCCAAGAGAAACACCAAAAGAGAACCGCCCAGGGGAGCCGGAGCCCGCCCAAGAGAACCACCAAAAGAGAACCGCCCAAGAGACCCGCCUCAGAUCCCCCAGGACUCCAACGACGGGCCUCAGAGACAGAGGCCGCUCCCGAGCCAUUAA